AUGUUGAAGCUCAUCUCCGAGCCCACCUGUGACAAGACAGGCAAAUGCGGCGCAAUGGGGCCACCUCUGACCAUCCUGGGCAUAGUGUCCAAGGUGAUUCGCUUCUCCCUGCUUCCCAACACGCUCAUAUUGCCGCUCACGAGCAUGCGAUUUGUCGAGCAGUGCCGGGACAAGUACAUCAUCUACUCGCAGGAUGUCAGCAUCGGUUUCUGGGUCUAUUGUUGGUUGCUAGCGGACCUGGUCACGAUGAUCAUUCUGUACGUUGUCGCUAAGACCGUGCUGGGCGGACAGGCGCUCAGCAAGAUGUGGUACCGGUGCUACAAAACGAUUUCCAUUUUCACGACCUUGAUCGCCCUGAAUCUCUUUUUCUUCGACCUCAUCUGCUGCUUCAAACUGAGGAGCACCGACAGAGACGGCGGCGGCACUCGAGACAACCUGCCGAUCCCCAUCUUCGACGGGACUGGCUGGUGGGACUUCUCGAGGCACGUUGAGGCCUGGCAGUUGGCAGCCUCGCUGAAGCGGGAGCGCCGCGGGCCGGCGCUCGACGCCGGGCCGCGGGACGACGCGUGGGCCGCCGUCGAAGACAUCAACCUGGAGCGGUUCGCGGAGCUAGGCGGGCUCGAGUUUCUCAUGCUCGAGCUCAAGGACCGCUUCGAGGAGCAGGAGAUCCUGCGACAGGGCGACGCACUAUAUGAGUUCUUUGUCCUGCGCACGAGGCGGCAGCAGGAGCAGACGCGGACGUUCAUGAGACGGUUUAACGCUCUCGUGCGCAGGCUGGCCAAGUUUGCGGCAACGUUGCCGCCGAUUGUGCUCGGAUGUGGCCAACACCAGACCGCGCGCGCCGAGCUGGGCGAGCAGCCAGACACGAUGAGCGAGCACCUCCUCGACCUCGGCGAUGAUGAGUACCACGCGGUGGACAAGUUCCGGGCGAAGUUCACCAGGGCGAAGUUCAAGACGAAGGAUAUGCGGAAGCGCGUCGGUCUCGCAAUCUACGACAGCGGAUUCACGAGAUGCGUCAUCGGCUACAACGUGCCCGAGCUGCGGGCGGCGACGCUGAGACGCUGCGCCCGAGCCUCGAGGCGCCGGCAGGUCGCCGAAAAGGAGCGGUGCAGGCCAGCGGCGAAGCAGCGCGGCGUCCGCGACGGCCCGAGAUCUGGCACCUUCAGUUUUCCAAAGGAGUUGGGCGCGCCGCCAGUGCCGGUCCAGGACGAGGGGCAGAAGCGCAUCGCCUACGAAAGCGAGCAGAAGCACCGUAUUGAUUGA